AUGACACUAGAAGAACACUGGGAUCUUUCCAAAGUUUAUGAUACUACUCAAAAUAAUAACGCUAAUCAAAUGUCGAAUCAUUACUUUGAAUCUCAAAGUAAAGUAGCUAAUAAUGACCUUAUAACACAAGACUACUAUGAUAUUGGGCCUCCGUCUAAUCUGAAUGAUGAAGACUUAAGUAUAAGUUUUUUGAUUGGAUUAUCAGUUAGCUUGGGCUUUAUAAUGUUUGUUUUAUUGUUUAUAGUUGUUUAUGUUGCAUUCUUUGGCAAUGAUGAGCAGGAAUAUGAUGAAGAAAUGGGUUUGUUGAAUGCUUUGGUUGAUGUUAAUAAUAACAAUAAUAAUAAUAAUGAUAGUACUGGUGUGGGCGGCAAUACAAACACCCAUAAUAGAGGCUUGAGCAUAUUAAAUUAUUUGAGAGGACGUCGCAUGAUUACUUUAGAUAAAAAUUUUAUAGUUCCUGGGAAAUUCGAUGAUGAUGAAACGCUAAAGGAUAGGGAAAUAGAAUUUAUUGAGGGGGGUAAAUUUUCUCCAUUUGAAUCUGAUUCAUAUUUGAGAGGUAAAGAAUUUCAAGAACUAAACCCGCCUAUAGUCAAACAUUUUAAUACUUAUAAUGAUGAUUUUAGCAAGACAAAUAUAGAAGAAAGGGGUAUUCAAGCCUUUUAUUUUUUACCAUGUUUAAAUUGCAGUGAUGUCGAUAAAAAUGGGAACAUUUUACCCAGUUUUAUUGUUCAGGACAAAUUAGACUUAAUUUUCACCAAAAAUAAUAAAAGCUCAUCUACUAUAAUGAAUUAUCCUUUACCUUUUAAUCAUAGAGAUGCUGUUUAUUUUGAAAUUAAGAUUUUCAAGUUUCCUAAAAAAAAUUCAAUGUUUAGUGUCGGUUUGGUAACCCCACCUUAUCCUUACUUUAGGCUACCAGGUUUUAAUAAAUAUUCUAUUGCGUACGAAAGUACUGGUAAAUUGAGAAUAAACAAUCCAUUUUAUGCGGACACGUUAUUGCCCAAAUUGCAAGAGGGUGACGUUGUUGGAUUCGGUUAUAGGUACAGAUCUGGGACUGUUUUCAUUACACAUAAUGGAAAAAAACUAAUGGAUUUGACCCAUAACUUAAAGGUUGAUAUGUUUGUCAGUAUUGGAUGUAUGAAUGCGGCUUAUACAAGGACGUAUACAAGGGAAGGGUUGUUGGAGGACCCUGAUAAUAUUAGUUUGAAAAAUUCAGAUACCAGUGAUGAGGAAAUCCCACCAAUGUUGCAAAAAAUGCAUGAUCCAUUCCAGGAGGACAUUGCUAGUGAUGAAAUUGAAUUUCAAGUUAAUUUAGGGCAAAUAGGGUAUGUUUUUAUUGAAGCAAAUGUAAAAAAGUAUGCAUUUGGUUUACCAUUUGGUAGUAUCGGCGUUCCUCCAAGUUAUAACACUGAAACCACAAAGAAAGGCACUUUGUUACAAAAAGGGGAUGACCUACCUCCAGAUUAUCCAUAUGAGGAGUUGGGAUUUUUUGGGGAUCUUCAAGUACGGUCUAGUCAGAAUGUGGGUAAAUUUUCACAAAUAAGCAAUUUAAAGGAAAAAAAUCACAAAUUGGCCUUGGUAAACUCGGAACCAAAAGCAGAUACCACCUCCAACCAGCUUAUUCGGGUAGAAAGUGGCUCGUGUUAUAGUACCAAAAGUGCCUCUAAUAGUCCUGAAGUGGCAACCAUUCCCGAAGAAUUAGAACACUCUACAUCUCCUUCUGCUGACCAUGAUGCUGAUAAUGACAAUGAUAGUAAUGCUAAUAAUACUGAUAAUGAUAGUACUGGUAAUGGUAAUAAUAAUAAUAAUACUGAUAAUGAUGAUAAUAAUAAUACUGAUAAUGAUGAUAAUAAUAAUACUGAUAAUGAUGAUAAUAAUAAUAAUAAUAAUAAUAAUAAUAAUAAUAAUAAUAAUAAUAAUAAUAAUAAUGCUAAUGAUGAUAAUAAUAAUAAUAUUAAUACUGAUAAUGAUAAUUCUAAUGAUAAUAGUAAUAGUAAUAGUAGCAAGAGUAAUAAAAGUAAUAAUAAUAUUAUUAAUAAUAAAAAUAAUAUUAAAAAUAAGAACAAUAAUAAAAAGAAGAAGAAGAAAAAGAAAACCAAAAGAAGAAGGAACUGA